UAAUUAUUUUUAUUGCAGCCCAAGUAGAUCAAACUGCCUAACUAUAAAUAGAGGUAUCAGAAUUUCAAGAUUUCAGCUUGUGUUGAUAGGGAGUUGGCCAUCUGUCCCAAUCUGAGUGCAGAUUCUUGGAGCCUCCGCUCUGUGUUCAUUCAACAGUUGAGAAGAAAAUGGCAAGGAAGAAGAUCCGAGAGUAUGAUUCCAAGAGGUUGUUGAAAGAGCAUUUCAAGAGGCUUUCUGGGUCUGAGUUGGAAAUCAAAUCUGCUCAAGUCACAGAGUCUACUGAUUUCAAGGAACUAGUGGACAGGGAACCCUGGCUCUCAUCAACAAAACUGGUUGUCAAACCAGAUAUGCUAUUCGGAAAGCGUGGGAAGAGUGGCCUUGUUGCUCUGAACCUUGAUUUGGCCGGAGUUGCUGCCUUUGUGAAAGAGCGACUCGGCAAGGAGGUGGAGAUGGGAGGCUGCAAAGGGCCCAUUACCACGUUCAUUGUUGAACCAUUUGUUCCACAUAAUGAGGAAUUCUACCUAAACAUCGUCUCUGAGAGGCUUGGUUGUAGUAUUAGCUUUUCCGAAUGUGGAGGAAUUGAGAUUGAAGAGAACUGGGACAAGGUGAAAACUAUCUUUGUGCCAACAGGAGUUGCCUUUACAUCAGAGCUAUGCGCUCCGCUUGUGGCGACACUCCCCUUGGAGAUUAAAGGUGUCAUUGAGGAGUUCAUCAAAGUUAUCUAUGAUUUAUUCCUAGAUCUGGACUUCACUUUCCUCGAGAUGAAUCCUUUUACCCUGGUUAACGGAAGGCCUUAUCCUCUUGAUAUGAGAGGCGAGCUUGACGACACUGCUGCUUUUAAGAAUUUCAAAAAAUGGGGAAAUAUUGAAUUCCCGAUGCCGUUUGGAAGAGUCAUGAGUCCUACUGAAAGCUUUAUUCAUGGACUUGACGAAAAGACGAGUGCGUCGCUCAAGUUCACUGUCUUGAACCCCAAAGGACGGAUUUGGACUAUGGUUGCUGGAGGAGGUGCAAGUGUCAUCUAUGCGGAUACAGUUGGGGAUCUCGGCUAUGCUUCUGAGCUUGGGAACUAUGCAGAAUAUAGUGGAGCUCCGAACGAAGAGGAGGUGUUGCAGUAUGCCCGAGUUGUCAUUGAUUGCGCAACUGCAGAACCUGACGGGAGAAAGAGAGCACUUGUAAUUGGUGGUGGAAUAGCUAACUUCACCGACGUUGCAGCCACAUUCAGUGGCAUUAUUCGGGCACUAAAAGAGAAGGAGGCUAAGCUUAAGGCUGCAAGAAUGCACUUAUACGGUAGAAGAGGAGGUCCAAAUUACCAAAAGGGCCUUGCAAGAAUGAGAAGCCUUGCAGAAGAAAUCGGCAUCCCCAUUGAGGUGUAUGGACCCGAGGCAACGAUGACUGGCAUUUGCAAACAGGCUAUUGAGUGCAUCAGUGCUGCUGCAUGAAGUUGCUAAUGCUGAUGUUCUUACCUACUCUUUUAUUGCACUGUGAUUUAGUCUAAUGUUGUACCCAAUAUUUUCAAGAACUUCAAAGUGUACUCUUGACUUUUUGCAUAAAUGGGCCUCAAGGAAAGGCCUUUAGGCUUGCAAAUUACCUUCAAUCCAAGUCAAAGUCUUUCUUUUACCUA